AUUUUCGAAUCUCCCAGCAAGCAGUGCUUAUUACUUGAGAAAUGAUUUGAUAUCAAAUCGCGCAUUAUUAAACAAUUUGUGCAAGUGCAAGUGCGGUGCUAUUUGUGUAAUCUCGGUGCGGUGCGGAGAAAGCACAGCUAUUUCUUCACUGCAAAACGCAAUUUGUUAUGCUGGUUAUGCUAAAUUAAUCGCUUGAACAGUUACCAGUGAUUACUUUGUAAGUGGAUAAAUAUUUGACCCCCUCCCCUUGAGGCCGGGAAGAACGGAGAGAAAAAGCAUGAGAAGCAUUUUGGUUAUUAGCAUCAAUUGAUUUGUGUUUUUGAACGAAGAAAAAUUCAAAGCAAAGUGUAAACGAUGCCAAAAGUUGUACCAUGAAAUGAAGACAAAAGAUUGCCUCUGCCUAUUGUUGCAAAAUUGGGAGUACCUAGUAAACAUACCAGUAAUCGGAUACCGGAACUGUUUCGUUUAAUUGAAUACUGCGGAUAGGCAACAAAAAAUUCUUGACAAUACAAUGGAUGAGGAGGACCUGAUUGCUAGAGCAAAAGAAGAACGGGCAAAAAUAUUCCAGCGCUAUGAAGUGGGACGAGCCGAAGGCGCCGUCAUCGAUGAUUGGGAAGAUCCGGCCUACGAAGUCUAUCAUCAAACUGAUCGAUAUGGCUUCAUCCACGACAAGCGCCUUCCCCAGAAACAUGAUCCAAACGAAACCAAAGCAAACGAAAUCGAGAUGGAGCGGGUCAAAAAGUGGCUCAAGAUGCUCAACAAAUGGAGCGACAAAUCGACGCUGGCAAAGUUGCACAAGCGCGUGUACAAGGGCAUUCCGGACAGUCUGCGGUCACAGGUUUGGUGCAAACUGCUCAACUUAAAGGAAAUAAUGAAAGAUGCAAAGAACCGCAACAAGUAUCAGGAAAUGCUCUCCCUGGCGCACGAGUGGGCCACGGAAGCCAGGCAGAUCGAUUCGGACGUAAAUCGACAGUUUCGGGAACAUGUGUUCUACCGAGAGCGGUACAGUCUCAAGCAGAAGAGUUUGUACAACGUACUUGUGGCGUACAGCAUGUACAAUACCGAGGUUGGCUAUUGCCAAGGGAUGUCUGGUUUGGCUGGAGUCCUGCUUAUGUACAUGGACGAGGAAGAGGCUUUCUGGGCAUUAAGCAUAUUGCUGGCGGAUAAGAAAUACGCUAUGCACGGAUUGUUCAUUGAAGGCUUUCCCAAGUUGACUCGAUUUCUAGCUCAUCAUGAUAAAAUAAUAGCCAAAUUUAUACCAAAGCUUAAAAAACACUUUGAUCAGUACAACCUGGAUUCAAUACUCUAUUCCUUGAAAUGGUUCUUUGUUGUGUUCAUUGAACGGAUACCGUUCAGUUUAUGUUUACGCGUGUGGGAUAUCUAUCUGCUGGAUGGCGAGAAGGUUGUUACCGCUAUGGCUUACACCAUUCUACGUCUGCAUAAGUCGAAGAUUUUGAAACUCAAAGAUAUGGAUUUGAUCGUGCAAUAUGUACAGACAAAAUUGCAUAACGAUUUCGGUUACGAUGACGAUUUUGUCAUUCAGUCACUGGAAAAGUGUAUGGACGAAUUACGGAAAGCAGGCAUGGACCUUCCGCCACCGGCAAGUGAGAUCGAAUUGCCGAAAAAGCCUUUCGGUGUGUUUGUCGAACCGACAGUUGAGGCUAAGAUUGGCCGGCGCAAAAAGGAAUUCACCAAAACUGAGAAGGAAGUUACUGAAACGGUUAAGACUAAGAGGGAAAUAACAACGCAAGAGAUUGCAAAUCUAAACCAAAGCACUGCAACCGGAGGCGGAUCGAAUAAUCAACUUAAUGCCGUUCACAUUCCAGAGUCCGAGGAUGGCGGUUCGCUGUUGGGCAGCUCGCGCAAGUCGCUAGCGGAUACGUCUAUUACUUCGACGGCAGAUUUGAGUGUUAUGUCGGGAGGUCAAAGUCAACGCUCGCAACAGGCGUUCGAACUGUGCUACGACGACCAUCCUAAGACCAUUGAGAGUGGCGACGAAGGUGAAGGCCAAAGUAGUCCCGGGUCCGCCGUCGGUUCUAUGAGCGUAGUAGCGCGCAGUCCAUCGGCGCAAAUGACAACACCGCGAGCAAUGUCCCCGCAGGACGUGGUACGCAUAUACGUUCCACCGGCACCGCCUGACGAGUUGCGAAAAGCAACGCCACAUUCGGAUUCGACCACGACAAUGGUUUCCGCCGGAGCCACAUCAAGCAUCACCGGCGGUAAGAAAGAUUCACCAAGCAAAGCUGCCAACGUUAAUCGGUUCUCCAACGGUUCGAACUAUUCGGGCGGUGGAACGCCAACUGUAACCAGUCGACAAGGUAACUAUAAUGACUACGAAGAUGAGGAAGAUGAUAUUAAAACUAGAAGAAACAGUGAGAUUGAACUGUAUCAACAGCAGCAACCGCUGUACAGUAGUGGAAAGUUUGAGUAUGGAAGUGACUAUGGAACUACAACGUCGUCGAUUCAGAACUUUGCUGUUAAUGGUCGGUCCAGUUCUAGCUCAAGACGCGGAAGUAUGUCUCGUAAAUCUCCCGCACCUAUGUUGGAUGGAGAAUUCAUAAUUGAGUGCAGUCACGUAAAAAACCGGAAAUAUGUGCCGGAACACCAUACGAGUCAUUCCAGCUUAUCGCAAGGCAUAGCGGCGGCUGGCGGACGAGGAAGAAACGGGUCUGAAAGUAGCAUUCACAGGAUGACAUCUUUUGAAGAGUUGGCUAAAAGCAAAUAUUUAGGAGGGAGUAACAGUAGUUUGUUGAGAAAUUUAAACGAUGAUUACAUCAUAAAGCAGAUGGUGCGGGCCAAAGGGAAUCGGUUGACGAAAAGUGAGAUUUACGAUACGAUUGACAGUAGUGAGAGCGGGAGUAACGACAGGUAUGAGAUGUACGCAUCGAUUAAAGCGCAGCAGAUCUCACGGGGACACAAAAGCGAUUAUAAUAUUCAAUAUAAAAAUCUGUCGUCAAGAAAUUGCAUUGCCGAGAGUACUAGUGCCAAUGAAUGCAACAGUAUAGAAUACAAAACGUUCAAAACCAGACAAAGUAGCAGAGAAAGCGGUAAUGACAGUAGCCCUUUCGACUACGAUCUACUGCCUGAUGGCCGUCUUGAGAAUACUGCCAUUCGCGAUUAUGAUCGAUUUUUCAACAUCGAAGAUGAUGAUGAAGAUAAACUGCUCAACAAAUCCUCGGAUGAAUCUUCCACUAGUCCUCCACCUCACAGACAAGUUCAGUAUAAUCAAAAAUCCAAUUCCGUAGUAAAAAGUCCAAGCAAUGAAACGGUUCCCUUACUGUCAUCACCGUUGUCCAGCAGCCGUAAACCUUUCAAUCUUCCGUCAACGGCAGCAUCAUCGAUUCCAGUUAGCAACAGCAUGAAACGCAACAAAUACUCAGCAGAGCCAUUCCAAAUGGAGCUACCUUUACCCAUGACAGCUUCCAAUCGUAGGAACACCAACGAGUCAAUGUCUUCGACGACUUCUUCAGCACUACUCUCCAGGUCGCACCAGCAACCGACCCCCAGUUCUCGAAUUCCAGUUGUCAAAUCUACAUCGUCCCCUUCAGCCUCACUACAAGGCUCCUUGCGACAUCAAAAUAGAUCACGGAUUCCCACGUCACACCAACCAACGAGCAGUGCAAUACACUCGAGCAAUGGAAGCCGGAUACCGUCACACUUCUCUCCAACAUCGUCCGGUCCCCCAUCGUUAACAUCGUCCUCGUACUCGCAGCGAGGGGCAUCAAAUCAACCUUACGAAUCAAGCACGAGUGGGCAUUCACGUUCGCGUAUUGCUUCGUCUAUAUCGGCCCAUCAGAUACGACAGUCGGCAACCGAUUCCAAUAAAAUCCGCAUAAAGGUAAACCAAUCUCAAUCUUAUAGUUCCGGCUAGACGCUGAAUAUAUGUAUAUUUAAGUAGGGACGCCAAACUCUUGUCCACACUUCAAUGUGUGGUCAAGUCUCAAAAUCAUUCCGAUUACUAGUAUCUAAGCCUUUUUACUUUGACUCCGUGCUGAUUGAACAAUCGGAGCUUUUAAGCGCAUAAAAGACUGUGGAUUUCGAAUCUGUUUUGAAUGGUAAUUCUUUUCACACAUAAAUCCGCUCUAGAAAGGCAAGAAACCAGUUUUUUAGUUUACAUACUUCAAACCUUCGUUGCGCUUGACGCAAAUAAAAACCGUUAAGAUUACGCAUGCAUUUACUGCACUUACUCAAAGUAGAAAAGCGUGUUAAAAAAUGUAUGUAGAAAGAGAAACGAAAAGGCAAUAUCUAUAUAUUUUAUUCAAUCUGUUAUAUAAUGAGCUCGCCAUCAUUGCGAGAUGCUGUUCAACGUGUAUAAUAGUAGUAGGUAGAGAAGUAGCCAGUUUCACGCAAGUAUUGCGCUUCGUGUUCUAUAGGUAUUCUUAUUCAUGUGAUUACAAAAACAUUCCACAAACUGUUAUAAUAGACGAAUCACGAAGAAGCAAGUGAUGAAAGAUUUGAAACUGAUUUUCCUGUCGAAUUGAAUCUAUUUACCUGUAUCAUUUUUUAUUAUAUUUUCUUUCCUGUAUUUUGAGAGUGAAACUCUAUUACAGUGAUUAAUUGUUGCAAAUGCAAAUUACUGAGUUGAGUCCUCAUAUUGGGAUAUUCUUUUAAAAUUUAAUACAACUUACAUUAAUUUUUAUUUUUAAAUCAGCUUUACUGACUAGUUUUCUUUUGAAAAAUGGAAACGUAUUAAAGGCCUAUAUAUUGAUAAACAGGGCUAGAAAUUAUUAAUCAGUGGAUUGGUCACAACCAGUGUUAUUCAAUGUAUUAAUACGGCGGUCCUGAGAUCAGAUUGUCUAGGAUUAGGAUUUAAUAUGAAUAUUGUUUUAGCGUCUUACGAUUAAUUCUGAAAUGCUACGCACGAAUGAGAUGUUUAUUGUAAUUUAAAAAUAAUAACGUUAUGACAUACAUGUUGUUUUGAAGAUUUUAACGAGAUACGGAUAACGGGACGCGCCUCUGAGCCUGCCUCUUCUGCGUAGUCCCUGCGGAUUCCAGUCAAGCGCUCUCUAUAAGAUUUCGUUUGCGUCUCUUUUCAUGACCUGAAAUCAAAGACAAAAAAAACUUUUUUCCGGUUAAAUUCUACUAAUAGGCUUAUACAAAUUUGGAAAAAAGUUUAUGUCCUGGUCUCGAAAUAUUGU